GUCUACACCCUCAACAAAGCAUUCCAUAACAAAUCAAAGCAGUCACUCGAAUCACCAUGGCAGGAAUAGGUAUUGCCAACUUACCAAACCAGCGUCACAAAAUUGUCGCCAAACGAGGCGGUCAUUUUACACUGAUGGUCGUAGGAGAAUCAGGUCUUGGAAAAACAACAUUGAUCAACACACUAUUUUCAACAGAAUUGGCAAUGGCGAAAGACUAUCGUCGAAGGUUUGCCAAACAGUUUGAUAAAACUACCGAGAUCGAUAUCAUCAAGGCCGAACUCGAAGAGAAAGGUUUCAGAGUCAAGUUGACAGUGAUCGACACACCUGGAUUUGGAGAUUACGUCAACAACCGCGAGAGCUGGGUUCCUAUAAUCGAUUUUAUUGAUGACCAGCACGAGUCUUAUAUGAGACAAGAGCAACAGCCCGAGCGUGGUGAUAAACUUGAUCUCAGAGUCCACGCCUGUCUUUACUUCAUUCGUCCCACUGGCCACACACUCAAGCCUCUCGAUAUUGAGACCAUGAAGCGUCUUGGAUCGCGAGUGAAUUUGAUACCUGUGAUUGCAAAGGCCGAUACAUUGACGCCGCAGGAUCUCUUGACCUUCAAGCAACGUAUCAGGGAGGUGAUCGCGCACCAGUCCAUUCGAUGUUACCAACCGCCUAUUGAGACUGAUGACGAAGCUUCAGCGGAGCACGCGCGACUUCUGAUGGCUGCAAUGCCCUUCUCGAUCAUAGGGUCCACUGAGGAUGUGACUACUGGUGAUGGUCGAUCAGUCAAAGGUCGAGCGUACCUAUGGGGAGUUGCGGAAGUUGAGAACGAGGAGCACUGCGACUUUAAAAAACUGCGUUCGCUAUUGAUCCGUACACACAUGCUCGAUUUGAUCAACACAACGGAAGAGAUUCAUUAUGAGAACUAUAGACAGGUUCAAAUGGAAACCCGUAAAUUUGGAGAGCCAAAAGUCAAGAAACUCGAUAACCCCAAAUUCAAGGAAGAAGAGGAAACUUUGAGGAAACGAUUUACAGAGCAGGUCAAAUUGGAAGAAAGCCGAUUCCGCAGCUGGGAGCAACAUUUGAUCGCCGAAAGAGACAGGCUCAAUAAGGAUUUGGAACAAGCUCACUCCUCUAUCAAAGUUUUGGAGAGUGAACUGGACAGUAUGCAAGGUGGUUACGGCUCUCAAGGUCGAGGAGGUACGAGACGCUGAAGAACAACCGGUGGAAAAUUGAAACUCCAUAUCACAGUUUGUCCGUUUAGAGUCCUUUACCUGCUGUUGAAGCAUUGAAGAUUGGACGACAAGCAUCUUUGUUCAUUGUAUAAUUUUGGUAGCGUAUGCGGUAUUUUUCCAAGUCAUCUUAGGUCCUGUUAGACUCGUCGCAGCUAUUGCUAAAACGCAGUUGAACCUCAACUUUUCAUUCUUCCAAAGGUUUAAUGCCCCCUGACUGUGACCUCUUCAUUCUGUUCAUCAAUCUGUCUAUGUGAUAGUGAGAUAAUGAUUGUCUUUGAGAUGCGGGCCUCACCCGAGAGCAAU